UGCCUCCACGAGCUGCCGCUGCCACGAUUUGAGCUAGCCCUUAACUGUUAAAAUGGCUCCCAGCGGACCAGCAAACAUUUAGACCAGUUAAAUCUGUAAAGAAGUGAUGGCUGGAAAAGGAGGUUUGACGAAACUGGAGGUCGGUGUUUUGAGUCCUGAGCAGCAGGAGAAACUGCGACAGUUCAAGAUCAAGACGAGAAUCGAGAAUGAGAAGUACCUGAGGUCGCACCCGGAGGUGGAGGUGUUGGUGGGAGACUUCCUCAGAGAUGUGCUUCUGAAGAGACCCGCUGACAUCCGGGAGUUUGCUGCAGAUCACUUCAACAACCCAAGCCUUUGCGCUGAUGUCAGCUUCAAAAUGGAGGGAAACAGCAUCAUGGACUAAAACACCCGACAGUCGUGGAGCCGCUACCUUCUGCUUUGGGUCUUUCUCUGUCCUGAGCGACACACAUGGGAACUCCAAUGACCAGAUGUUAAUCAGUUUGUGUCUGUCUACACAACUGUUUGGUUGAUAGCUUUUCAGAUUUCUGUGACACACGCAGGAUCCAGCGAGACAUACAGUAGCUUCCAAUGGCCUGUCCUAAUGAGUGUGAUUAAAAGCUAAUGAGGAGGAGGAGGAGGUCCUGUGGGUAUUACACUCUGUUGGUCACAUCACACACACGGGAGUAGAUGGGGACAUGUCAAAGAGUUUGUUGUGUACUGAAGUUCACUUACUGUGAUCUGCAUUCGCCUGAUAUGGGCAGUGUCCCCUCAACCACAGGGUUCACAUCGCGUGUGAGGGGCGGAGUAGGUUGACACUUCUCUACGUAUUAAAGUCACAUCUCUUUGUUAUAUGACGAUAAAACCCUUUCAUUCUUUAUUUAUCAAUGGUCCAGUGUGCUGUUUGAGAAAUUUGUUUGUCAUAUUUCUUUCUAUGUAGUUUUUUUUUUUUAUUUCACAUUAGAAGAAGAGGGAAUUUAGCUAAUUUCUGUUUUUUUGUAUGAGUUUAAUCUACUUUGUUUUCCUACAGAGAACUGAUCGCCUUAGUGUAUUUCUCAGUAACAUCCAUUACCUGAACAUUCAUUACCACUCGUUGUUCAGACGCUGUUGUUGUGAGUUACCAGCGUCCUCUGUAUGUAAAUAAAGAUACAUUUCUCUGUU